AUGGCGACGCUCACGCGAGGCCGCGACGAAGAGGACUUGGGAGAGACGGCGCUCUCGCCGUCAGCGUUGCGGGCUGGCGUCCCGACUCCUUUCCCGAGGGCACGGACGCGCGCUGCGCGGCCCUGCGAUCAAAUCGCGGAAGAUCUGACAGAGUUCGAGGCCAGCGUCGGCGCGAGAGGGGCGGACUAUCAUCCUGAGGAGAGGCGCGAUGCAGUCGCCUCAGAUGGCAAGGAGAAUGUGCGGGAGGUCCUACCCUCCAUAGCGUAUGUACAGAGGUCAUGCGUUAUGACCCUAAACACCCUCCUCUCGAAGAACACGGACUGGCAAGACAUCGUCCCCGAUCGUCGCCAUUCCCUUCCGCCGUCCCCAUAUGCAUCCACCUCGACGCAAGUCGAGUCUACGCAGUCGUCCUCGGCUCUUCAGACACUCGUAUCGAACUUGCGCAACCAUGAAGGACCGGACACCAUGGUCCAGACGCGCGACACCGACGACAGCGCGGAGCUGAUCCGCGAGCUGAAGGCCCACGUAGGGCGGCUUACGCCCAACCUCGACCUGCACGAUGUACAGCUCGUGGAUGCCCUCGUCUCGCUCCUCGCACACUUCGACCGCCUUUCAGCCAUUAUAUCCAGUCAGUCUCCGUCCGCUGGCCCAUCCUCCUCCUCGUCAGGGAGUGCACUCCACCCCCCACCCGCGUUCGACCCGUUCGACACCCUGCGCAGGCAGGUGAGUGAUCUCCAGGUGGAGCGUCUGUACUCUUCGGACGGAAUCGAAUCUAAGUUGCCGCCAGUGUUGGCGGUGGAGACGAGCUUGCUGUGGUCGAGGAUCGAUCAGGAGCUGGAGACGGUGCAAUCGCUGUGCAGGCGACGGACAGAGCUUGCAUUCCAGGACACUAUGCUCGACUCUCUACCACCGGAGUACGAUGCGGGUGAAUAUGAGUAUGGAUCGGAGCACCUACCCAUGUACGAUGCCGAAUCGAGCUCUCUUGCUGAAAGAGCGAGCUUGAAGUCAGACUCUAAGACCAUUCAGGAGCCCACGUCUUCCGCUACCAAUCUGGGCAGCGGGCUCAGUGAGAAGAUGAAGAUGGAUCUGGAAGCGGUUACGAUGGCUAUCGACCGGUUAUAUCUCGUGGCGCCGCAGCUGCACAAUCAGCGGGUCGAACUGAAGAAGAGCAAGGUCGAGCAGCUCGAACGCGCGCGGCUCGCGGGCCCGCCGUCCGGGAAAGAGAAGGAACGGGACCUGCAGGAGCUGGACGGCAUGCUUGAGCUACUCGGUAAGGCAUCCAGCCGCAGGAUCGCUGAUCAGUCGGUUGUUCUUGAAGGAGGGAUGGAGCAGAAGCUUGAGAAGGCGAAACGGAAGGACAAGGAAAAGCGGGAGGCUUUCGUAGAGCAACUGGCGCAGCAUUCGGACGCUGGACGCUUGCACAGUCAAGACGCUGUUCUUAAUCCUCCCAAAGAAAGAGACCCGGAGACACUGCUCUCAUUGCCUGAGUUCAUCCGGGAACCUAUGCCCCGAUUUCCCUCGGUACCGGCGGACCUAAACACCCUGGGUGAGGUGUCUGAACGUACGACGCAUGAGUCAGGGAUGCGCCCCACCAUAGCGCGUCUCCGCUCGCAGAAGAGCGUCCGCAGUCGCAGUUUGUCAUCACCGCCGCUGUCGUGGCUGCUCUCGUCAAGUUCGCGUGCUUCUUCGACUGCUCCGGAGUCGAAAGCUAUGAAGAGACCCAAGACAAGUGGCUCGAGAAGUCGGUCAGGACGGUCUAGCCGGCCGGGUUCUUCUAGCGGAAGGUCGGUAAAUACAGUGCUCGCGGUCGACUACGUCGCGGAGCACCAUGAGAAUCUGCAGCACGUCCUGGUGUUCUUCACGGCUGGCGAUGUGAUGCCUGGGACACCUCUCGAAGCUGAGGUGCUCCCCUCAGCCUCAGAUACUGACGGGGAACGGCUUGUUAUCACCGGCAACGGUGGGAUAUCGCCUCCGCUGAGUCUUCCAGUGCGUGUGGUAUCAGGUAUUAGGGAAGUCCGCUCGUCUGGGAGUCACUUUGAGGUGAAGCUGCCCAGUUAUCCCCGGAGUGCCGGUCCAGUUUCGGAGCUCGACUCGGAGCCUCUGAUGGACGCAAGGCAGUUAUCUGCUGCCAGCCCAUCGAGCUUCGCUUGUUCUUCCUGUUCGUUGCCCCUUGUUCAAGCGGUGGGCGUUGUUAGCUACAGGGACUUACCGUCAGAGCAUUGGGCUGAGUUGGUGGAGGCCUGGAUGUGCCAUGCAGAUCAGAAGGUCCAUGACCAAGUGGCGAUCCAUACUCGGGGGAUCUGGCCGAAAGCCGGUCAGGCAUUAGUAGGAGGGAGUUAUAUCCUCUUCGACGAGUCUAGCGUGGUCAAAGGCAACCUUGUCGUGUCCGAAACUAAGGGGAACGAUGAUUGGAGACUUGUUAGGUGUCUAUGUGGGGCAGUGAAAGGACGCUGUCAAGCACAUUGCCACCCAAAUGAACCUCCCACGAAUUCGUAUAGGUUCCUGAAGUAUGCCAUUCGAACACUGUCCACGUCCAAAGAACUGCCGCCAGUACCGUUGUCAGCAUUCAUCGUCGAGGACAUGAUGGAAUUGGUUCAAGCGCACGCUACCUAUCGAUUUGUUGUCCUAGACGAAGAAAGCGAGCGACCGCGGAUCCUCAUUUGGUUGUUCAAACCCAGUAUACGGAUAUCCUACAAUACUCCCGCAACUUACUUAAUACCGCAGUCCGACUCUAUUCGUGCAGCUAAAGUACUGUUCAAGAUAAUAGGGCCGCACGUCGCACCUGAAGAUCUGCGAAGUACUCUGGACAAAUUCCCUGGUUUUCCCCAGGCAGAAAACCUUUCUUACCCAUUGGAAAUCUGCCGACGUCUGGCCGGCUUGCUUAAGGAGAGCAACAACUCAUACCCCGUCGAUAUGCGCACGAUGACUGGUUUAGAUGUCGGCUGGUUACGCCAUGCUUAAUGUUGACUACUUCCUUGCUCACUCGCUGCAUAUCAUACAUCUUCGUCUCGGACCAUCUCGUACCCGACAGUAGCAUUUUAAUACGUUCCUUGUUGUAGCGCAACGUUGACCGGGCUUGGAGCAUUUGUUUCGAUAGAGCUGCCCCGAGUGAUGCAACCGUAAGAGAGACAUAAAAUAAAUAUACAACUAAGUAGUCCGUGGGGAUGUUUGAAAGCGAUAGAGGGAGGAAAUAGAGCCGCGAUGCGUACGUCAAAGUACGACUUCCUUUUCUUUCCCUUUUCGUGAAGGCGGCAAAGACAGGUUGGGCGAACUCGCCAUGGCUGAUGCUGAUGAGAAAGAGGCGAGACGACGAGGUGACAAUGGCGACCCAGGCGAGAGAUGAUGCAAACGAGUCGGCGAUCCGGGCAGAGAAUUGUUCCCCCGCUUCUGCGAGUCCGGUGGUGGAGAUAUCGCGGAGUCGUUUUGGCCGGCAUUGGCUUCAGUGAGGAGGAACUCCACCCAUAACCGGGAAAAUGACUCUGUCUCGUCGCUCUUCUCCAACUCUGGUGACUUCGUUGCGGAUAACGAUGUCGAACUUGCGGAACGACUCCAUAUCGAGGAACCGGUAUUCGCAUUCUGUCCCGUCCGCUGAAGACCCGCCUUUUCACGUUCCGCGUCACUCCACUGCAGUAUUGAAGCUAGAAGUUGCAGCAUUUCGAACCGUUUGCUGUCUGCGCGUGGCGUAACCAGGAAGGAGAGGAGGACGUUGGUGACGAGCCGCCGAUCGACAUUGUCCGCAGAUGACUGACGUCGGAGACGCCUUAAGGCCUCCAUUAGGUGUUCAUUCAUUAUAAUUGCUUCAUGGCGUAACUUCUGGAUGAGAAGCUCUUUCUCUUUCACUUCUUUCUCGAGAUUUUGUAUUCGAGAAGAGUUGGA